AUGUGUUUCGUCUUCACUUGUGGAGAGCACGAGUUCUCUUCGCUGGUCCAGGGCUACGAAAAUGUCAUUUGUCAAUGCCAUAACUGCGGAAAUUACUCUGCGAAAGUUGUGAAGAGGAACCCGUGGUUUACCUUUUGCUUCAUCCCCGUCAUCCCGCUCAGCGUGCACGGAUACGAAGACGUCGUCUGCAGCAUCUGCAAUUUCGCGCAACCGCUCCAGAAUCGUCAAGAUAUUAUAGCUCAGGCGAAUGGCGGAGGGAUGCCUUUACAGCAUCAGCCUCCGCCGGGAGCACCGCAAGGCUGGGGAGGUGGUCCGCCGGGAGGAGGUCAGCCCAAACCUCCGCAGAAUAUGCAAUACGGGUGA